AUGCCAACCCCGAAUCAACAACAACAUCGUGAGAUGGCUGUCAAGUCGGAACCUUCCUCAGAGUCAUUCCCUUAUCAUCUCCAUCCGCAGUCGCAUCUCUCCGACCAAUACCACCAACAACAGCAACAACAGCAGCAUCCCUCCUAUCGCGGCCACCACCAAUUGAUGGAGGACGAAGAUGACGACGACGAAGACGACCUCGACGACGACGAAGACGACGAUCCCGCAGGAUAUCAGAGCAAUUACCAUACCGCCUACAAUUCGGCAUACAAUUCCGCCUACAACUCCUGUGACGAGACCGAGGACGUCGAUAUGGACAGCGCUCCUGUCAAGAUGGUCGACCAGUUUCACCACCACCGCCACCAUACCAACAACGCCGAUCAGGACAUGGCCGAGCCCUCUUCUUCUGCUGCACCUUCCUCGACAACAGCCUCAACGCCACUUGCUGCCAUCAAGCCGCGUCCUGCCCUCCGUCCUCUCUUGCCUUCCAGACCCACCAGUCCUCAGCCCCUGAAUAUCAAUCGUUCUUCGGACAUGAGCUCCAAGGACUCAACCAUGACCUCUGCGCCCAAUUCUUCAGGGACGCCCGGCAAAACUCGUCAGUCAGCUUACAAGAUCAACGGUGUCAACAUCAUGAACCGCAACAGUCUUGACAGCCGGACGGCGCUCGAAAUGAUCCGUCGUCGACGAGAGAACCACAACCAUGUCGAGCGUCGCCGUCGGGAUACACUGAACUCGACGAUUCUUCAGAUUGCCGAAAUCCUCCCCAAUUGCUCGUCGACUGCCAAACUGAACAAGGGAACGAUUCUUCGACUUGCAUUGGACCAUCUUCGGUCGUUGCACACAGAGAACCACUCACUCCGAUCUGAGAAUGCCGCCCUCCGCUUCUUCUACCAAGGAUCUCAGAUGCGCCGCCAAGGACAUCCCAAUCCCCCGCAGCAAGCACACGUACCAGGACAGGCCCCUGUUCCUGGCCCUGGAGGUCCUACCAGCUCCCAUCUUCCUUCUUCAUCUGUGCCCGCUGGUGACCCCCUCCAGCACACCAUGACAAGAAGCAAUUCAACUGGAAUGAACAUCUCCACUCCUCCAAUCAUCCCUGGCCCAGGACAAGGCACCAUUCCAGGAUUGAGUGGCCCACAGUUUGGGAGCUCAGCUUCGGCACAGACUUCCGGAUCUGCACCUGGGUCAGCAGCCAAUAGUCCUCCUAACCAUUCCUUUAGCCAUCCUGAGAUGUUUUCUGCUUCUUCGCGCGAGAUGAUUGGUCACAGUGUCAAGCGCUCCAUGUCAACCAGUGGCCACCUCCAUCCCAUCCUCUCCAAGGCUCCCUCCAAGGUGUCCCCUUCGUCAAGCCCUCGCCCUCGUCUCAUGCAGCACCCUAGCCCUAACGGGCUUAAGCCCCACCACACUCACUCGGAUGCUAUCAGGGUUGGCCCCUCGCCCCUCUCAAGUCCUUGCUCGUCGCCUCCUCUGGCACCCAUGUCGGCCAACUCGAAUGCUCUUGCCAAUGCCCUUCCUACUGUCCCUGCCAGCCAUCAACAUUCUGCUGCCGUAUCUGCUGCCGCUGCCGCUGCGGCCGCGGCCGCUGCCGCCGCAGCUGCUGGUGGCUCGAAUGGCCGUGGAUCGACGUCCUCUGCAUCGUCUUCGUCCCGCCAUAGUCACCAGAAGAACAACAGUGGAGGAGCAGCCACAUCUUCAGCAUCAACGUCCUCAUUGAACUCCAUGACUGGGGUUGUGAGUGGAUCUGGGGUGGCAAUGUUUGGCGGUGGUGGUGCGACGUCUUCGGGACCUGGAUCCGAAAUUAGACGGAAGUAUUCCGGUCAGACGACGCACUCGAGCCACUCGUCGAUUUCCUCGACGCCCUCCUCGGCCACAUCUUCCGCUGCCACCUCGCCCUAUGCAUCGCCUUUCCCAGGAGCAUCGUCUUCCUCGUCGACUUUGCAACAGCACCACCAUCAUCACCAUCAUCAUCACCACCACCACCCCUCUUCCUUGCAGCAGCAACAGCAAGGGGGUAAUGGUUUGCAGUUGCCCUCGAUUGGGACGGUCACCAACCCCUCAAGUCCAAUGGGUUCUCCAAUCCAAGCACCCCAGGGAGUGGGAUCGUCAUCCCUCCCUUUGCCCACUCCUAUGAGUCUGCCAGCCCCUGUCAUGGCCCACGACUCUCACUUUUCCAAGGGCAAUAGUCCUGGUGGAAGUGGUAUGCAUUAUCCUCCUCAAAGUCAAGCUGGUCAAGGUCAACACUCCUAUGGAACACAAGGAUAUUCUCACCAUCACCCUCAAUCCCAUUCCCACCCUCACCCUCAUCAACCUCAUCCUCAUCAACCUUCCUCUCACUCACAACACCCUCACGGUCACUCGCACCCUUUUUCUAACGCACACCCUCAUGCACACCCUAUCGAAGGCCUUCCCAUGCUCCCUCCCCUCGCCCCCCGAUAA